ACCUGUCAGCUCUCCCGCCAGGAGACGUACAUACCGUACGCGGCGUACAACAUUGAGCCUUGAAGCUAUCAGAAGGCACAGACGGGCAGUUCGCCGUGAGGAGCGGGCCGAAUAGACAUCGUCACCAGCAUGGCAGACCCUUUCAUCGUUGGGAGUGCUGGUUUCUAUGAGGAAGUUAGCUACGUCAGCCAGACCUACAGUGGUUUAGAGGAGGGCCCGAGUGACGCCAACAUGACCUUCGUGGACGUGGACCCGAACCUUCACAACCCCUCAGCAUUUGCUUACACCAACCCCUGGGAAGUUCCUGCCCGGCACGCGCUUGAACAGUUUGCCGUCAAAACGCACGCAAAAGCGGCAUUCUCCAACCCCCACCGUACCGGGCAGACAUCCAACCGCACACAGAUUCCUUCCAGCACAGGCAUUUCCCUGAUGGCGCUACCGUUACAAGCCCGCUUCCCGAGCCCGGUCCCGGGUGCUGAGCUGCCGCCGAUAGGCAGCGCGCUCAGUCCUCACGCAGACACCGAGUCAUACCCCGACAACCUUCCGAGGACGCCCUCUGACACGGUGUUGCUGUCACCCUUCCAGGCACCGAUGCCCCUGGAUCCGUACUACGCCGUUCAAUUUACCGGCAUGGGCCCGUCCGGCUACGUUAACCCGUUCGACGUGAACCCCAACCUGCAGUCCGACUACAGUGAGAGCGACAGCGGCCACAAGGACUUCGACUUCUCCCGCUUGGGGGCCAGUCUCGACAGCCACGCCAGCCACAGCGACUCCGAGUCCGCUCACACCACGGCCGCUCCUAACUUCCUCCCCGAACGGAUGGCCAGCCCCGAGCAAAUACUGCCGGUGGCCGAGGACCAGAUCAACAACGCAUUUACUCAGUACCCUCUUCCACCGAGGGACGACGGGAGCACCGAUUCUGACAACGGACGUCAAGUCCCGCUCAAGCGGCAGAACAACGACGAUGCCGAUGCCGAUGCCGAUGCCGAUGCCGAUGCCGAUGCCGAUGCCGAUUAUCAACCACAUAAGAAACGGAAACCGGCCACUCGGGCGCUGAAACGGCGGGCGGCCAAAACGGAUGCCCCCGCCUCCGCGCCCCCGUCUCGCCGUACCCCAAGAGGCAGGGCCGGCAACGUGGCCCCUCCCGCCUCCCGGGCCCUUCCGUCGCUGUCUUCCCACCUCAGCAAGACGACCCUGGCCUGCCCCGAGUGUAGCCAGUCCACCUUCCGCUCCCAGUCCGAACUGGACGCCCACGUUAAAAAGAGCCACCAACGCCAUCCCUUUAACUGCGUCUUCGACUUCGCCGGCUGCACCAAGACGUUCCCCAACAAGAAUGAAUGGAAGCGCCACGUCGGCACCCAACACCUGCUCCUAUACUACUGGAAGUGCAUGGAGGGCGACUGCGCAAACGCACAGAGCAACAAACCAUCCCCCUCCACUCACUACCACCACAGCAACAACCUCUUCAACCGCAAAGACCUCUUCACCCAGCACUACCGCCGCAUGCACGCCGAACCUUCCAUCCGCGACCACCUGCCCACCAGCGCUAUCACCACCGCUACGACAGGCAAACGCAAACUGCCAGCUUCUUCUACUAGUACUAGUACUACUAGUUCAAAACCGGACCCGGAACAAGCCGCCCGCCUCCGGGAGUGGCAGGCCCGCCUGCAGAGACUGCAGAAGGAGUUCCGGCACGAGCGCUGCCCACAGCCGACGUUGAUGCGCUGCCCCGUGCGCGGGUGCGAGAGGCGCGAGAGGCAGGACCAGGCGUUCCGCGGCGAGCACGCGUGGGACCAGCGCAUGGAGCACGUCGCCAAGCACAUGGAGCGGGCGGCGCAGGGGACGGAGGCGAAAGUGGUCUUUGGCGGGGAGGGCGAUCCCACGCUCGUCGAGUGGGCUUGUCGGAGGGAGGUGGGCAUCAUUUCGAGGAGGAGGGGCCCGGUGGCUGCUGGUGGGGAGGAGGAUGGGGAAAGGGAGGAGGAAGAAGAAGGGAAAACGGAGUGGGUGCUGAAUGUCCUGUGGAAAAAGGGGCCGGGCGGGAGUGUGCCUGCUUUUGCGACUGGUGCUGGUGCGGAGGUGAUGAUGGCAGAAGAUGGGCAUGAGGAGGUCCGAGAGACGAUUGAGGUUUCGCAGAGCAUUGGGGAUGACGAUGGCGAAGAGGAGGAGGAAGAUGCGGAGGGAGAGGAGGAUGAUUGAGACGACUUUUCGGUGAUUUUCUUUCUUUGGUUUCGCCUGGCAAAACGACAAUAACUGCCUGACUGCUGGGCUGGUUUCCGUGAACGGAGGUACGGGG